UAUUGGAUUGGCAGGAAAGUGAUCAAAUAAUUAUAAGAAAUAUGAUGAUGUCAAAGAAAUGUCAUUGGUUGAUAAUGGCAAUAAUAUUAAUAUCUAUAGAAUGGAUAAAUUUAAUUGAGGCAAAAAUACCAUCAAAAAUUCCAGGAGAAAUUUCAAAUAAUUCAUUAAGUAAGACAAAAUCAAUAAAACCAUCAAGAAGAAAACGAUAUGUACGAAUUCCAACAUCAUCAAAUUAUCUUUUUGAAAGUUCCGGUAUAAGUGUUCGUAAUAUUGGAUAUUCUCCAAUUUCUCGAUUUUCGCCGAUUCAAACGAUUUCACCAGCAACCUGGCGACAACAUAAGUCAUUUUGGCGACCAUCUGUUGAUUUUAAUAGACCAGUGAUGGCACACAGAACACCGAGAUUAAUUUUUAGGGAUGAUUAUCCAUCAAUUCCUAGUAGUGGGGUUGGUUCAUCAUUCUUUCAAACCAAUCAGAUCAAUUCUGACAUUGAUGAGGACUUCCGAGAUCAAAGAAAACAAAUUUUCAGUGAUUAUCCCAAGCUUGAAACGGACAAGUCGCGGAAAGAAAAAAAACCACUUUGGGAAGGUGACGAAAGUUUGUGUGCUGACGGACAAACCUGUGAAUUUUUUCUAAAAUGUUGGAUGACAGCUGGGCUAUUAGACGGCAGUUGUGGUGGUAUUAUGUACGCUUGUUGUCAGCGAAAAGACGCUAAAGCUAUCUCUGACUAUAAUCUGGUCAAUGCGCCUAGAGAACAGCUACAACAUGAGCUUGCAUUGGAUACAAUUACGGAAUCUGCUAUUGAUGAUCAGCAAUGUGGAAUUUCUUCUAAUAAACAAACAGCCCAGAGACGUAUUGUUGGUGGAGAUGAUGCAGGUUUCGCAAGUUUCCCUUGGCAGGCUUAUAUUCGAAUUGGAUCCAGUAGAUGUGGAGGAACUUUAGUAAAUCGUUAUCAUGUUGUGACAGCUGGACACUGUGUCGCUAAAGCCUCAGCUCGUCAAGUUCAAGUUACUCUUGGAGACUACGUUGUCAAUUCAGCCUCAGAAAGUCUUCCAGCCUACACUUUUGGAGUUCGUGAAAUUCGGGUGCAUCCCUACUUUAAAUUCACUCCACAAGCGGAUAGAUUUGAUGUUGCUGUACUGCGAUUGGACCGGCCUGUUCAUUAUAUGCCACAUAUCUCUCCAAUUUGUUUACCAGAUAAAAAUCAAGAUUUUCUGGGUCAGUAUGGAUGGGCUGCUGGUUGGGGUGCUUUGCAAGCUGGUUCACGACUUCGACCGAAAACCUUGCAGACAGUGAACGUUCCUGUAAUUGAUAACAGAGUUUGUGAACGGUGGCAUCGAUCGAAUGGUAUUAAUGUGAUUAUUUAUGAUGAAAUGAUGUGUGCAGGAUAUCGUGGAGGUGGUAAAGAUUCCUGUCAGGGAGAUAGUGGUGGACCUUUGAUGCUGGAAAAAACUGGUAGAUGGUACCUUAUCGGCAUUGUUUCAGCAGGAUACUCUUGUGCUCAACCAGGACAACCUGGUAUUUAUCAUAGAGUAGCAAAAACAGUUGACUGGAUUACAUACGUUAUUAAUUCUUGAUUAUUUAUAUGAAUGAUUGAUAAAAAAAAUCUCAAUAUUUAUUAAAUUAAUGUUUUUUUUGUGUUGUUGUUGUCAAGAAAAAUGUUAAGAAAAGCGAAAAAAAAAUAACCCAACGUUUUAAUUAUCAACG